CUAGCACGGUCUAGGCCGGCAAACUUGGCCAAGAAUAUAUAAAUAGUUGGCUAGAAUCUUGGCAACGACUAGUCGCUCAGUUACAGUUCAACAAAGAUUAUACGGAGAAAAAUGAAUUGUGUUCUCCUUCUGCUGGUGAUUUUGUGUGCCUCCAUGACCUUGGCUCUCGCCGAUGAGGAAAAAUACACCACAAAAUAUGAUGGCAUUGAUAUCGAUGGCAUUUUAAAAUCAGAUCGCCUUUUUAAUCACUACUACAAAUGCCUAAUUGAUAAGGGUGCCUGCACCCCAGAUGGUCGGGAGUUGAAGAGAAUCCUUCCCGAUGCCCUGCGCACCGAAUGCCGCAAAUGCAAUGACAAACAAAGGGCCAAUGCAGAUAAGGUUAUCCGUUUUAUUAUCGACAAGAAACCAGAAGAAUGGAAGGCCCUGCAGGCCAAAUACGAUCCUCAACGGGUGUACUACAACAAAUAUAAGGAUGAGGCUUUGAAGCGUGGCAUUAAAUUGUAAAGUAUGGCUCUUUUAAUGAAUAUAAUUCGAGAGAUAUUUGUUGUGUUAAUAUGUUAUAAAAAAUAAACAAAAA